ACAAAAGCAUUGCGAGAGCGCGCAGCCCGUGUGAGCAAAGGCCAUCCCGGUCUCAUGGACAUAAAAUUGACUUUCUGUGUUCACAAGUCGUGUGAGCCGGAGAUCACUGGAACAGCAUUAUCUUGGGAGGAGCAGCUUCAAUACAAGUACAUCCUGGAUGCAGAUGGACUCGGAAGCGUCUUUCGCUCUAAGCACCUUCUCAUCAGUGGAUCCCUUGUUUUCAAGAUUGACACGCCCAUUGCUCAGUUCUGGGCCACCGAAAUCAGGCCAUGGAUUCAUUUUGUGCCUGUGUCUUGGCAUGACCUUGAGGAUGAUCUCCCCCGUAAAGUGAAAUGGGCAAUGGAACACGAUGCAGAAGCGCAGCGCAUCAUGCUCAAUGGUCAUCGCUGGGUGAUGACACAUUUGACUGAUGCCAAUGUGGCCUGGUUUCAGGAGCAGGCUCUGAAUGCUAUUGCGCAGCGCCAGGCGGAGGAGUUCCCUCCCAUCCCCGGAGCCGCCAAGUUUUGCUGCAAUCAUUUGGAAGGCGCAGAUCCUCAUUAUCGCAGCAAAUGUAUUGAAUAUGCUCCACAACAUAUGCUGACCUGCGACACACAACCCAAUGCUUUCAAAAUCGCUUGCACUGGAACUUCAUGAAAAUGCUGGUUUGAUAUGGGCCCUAAUCGUGCAUCUAUUGAUAAUCAAAGAAUGUCUGACGGUAUGCAUGCUGUAAACACAAAAAAAUC